AAGAAAAGAAAAGAGAAGAAGGAGAAGGGAAAGGAAAAGAAAUAAAAAGGUAGCAGGUAGUAGUAGUAGAGAAAGAAGGGCCAUCGUGAAAAGGUCGGAAUGCGAACGAAACGGUUCGGAAGAGAUCAUUGCUGGGAUCAACAGGCGUAGCGGGAAAAAUCGCGAUCGUCGUCUUCGUCGCCACGUUUUCGUGGAGGGUGGACAGAGAAAAAGAGAGAGAGAGAGAGAGAGAGUGAGAGAGAGCGAGAGGAAAGGAGAGGAGAGAAAGGAGAAGGAGAGGGAGAGAUACUCGAGGUAGGGAAGAAAGGGAUGAACGAUCGAGGGUAGCUGCGUAGUUAAGGGAUACCGGGCUAUGGCGAUGGGUGAAGAAGGGAGAGCUUAGCGAGGCGAGGAAAAGCUCACGAGGAGAAAAUUCCUCAUCGAAUAUCGUCGUCGUCGUUGUCGUCGUCGUCGUUAUCAAAGGAAAAGAAGGAGAAGGAGAAGGAGGAGGAGGAGAAAGAGGAAGAAGGAAGAGAUUCGCGCGCUUUCACGUAUUUUCAAACGCUUUUCCGUUUGGCGGGUGGUGUGUAUUAAUAUGAUACUAGUGGUUGUUGCGUGGUGGUGGUGGUAGUGGUGAUGGUGGUGGUAGUGGUGGUGCGAUGAAAUGGUGGUGGUGGUGGUGGUUAUAGCAGAAGUCUCUUUCAGAAGCUAAAGAAAGAAAGGAAGACCGGUAGAAAGAGGUAGAGAAGUGGGGCUACACGAAGGGGGAAAUGAAAAGGGGCGAAAAAGAUGGCCAUCGCCGCUUCGGAGAAUUAUCAACUGAAAUGGCACAGCUACGGGGCUCAUCUUCACAGCUCCGUCGCGACGCUCCUUCAUUCGGAAUCCUUUGCGGAUGUUCUUCUGGCAACGUCCUGCGGCCGGCACGUGGCGGCACAUCGGUUUGUCCUUGCAGCCUGCUCUUCGUACCUAAGUCACAUCUUUCAAACCUGUCAUUUUGGGGCCAACUCGAAUGCCCCGACGAUCGUGGUAUUACCAACGGAGAUCGGUUACCGCACGCUGAAGAUUCUUAUACAGUACAUGUACAGUGGAGAGGCAACUGUGACGAACGAUCAAUUGGAAGGAGUAUUAAAGGCUGGAGAUAUAUUGAGAGUACGUGGAUUAUGGAGAUCGAACACUGGUAGUAAAAAGGAGAACAUACAGUCUAACAAUCAAAAGGUCGAACGUGAUAAAAAGGAACAACCACCGUUGACCGGACAGAUACAGAAGAUAAAGCUGGUCCAGCCAACUACGGAGAAGAUCGUUGAAAACGUACAACAACCAGCGACAACGCAGAAUACCGUUCAAGCCCAAAAGCCGGUCGAAAGGAAGAAUGCGGAAAAGGUUGAGGAGAAAUCAAGUGAACCUGAAACUAAAAAGGUCUUGGAGGAGAACAAGAAUAACGAACAGAACAAGAAUAAGGAAAAUCUCGAGGCUAAUAGGAAAACGAGAAAGAGCGUUAGCAGCGAUGUCGAGUCUAACAAGUCGAGAAGCGAAGGUGGUGAAAAUGCGGAAUUAAAUUUAGAACUGUUAGUGAAGGACGAGCCAAUCGAUUGGGAAGAAAGUAUCGAUCCAUCCGAAUCCUUGACGAUAGACCAUGAGAUCGAUAUCAAACCAGAGAUCGUACACAGUGCCGACGAGGAUGGUGAUUUGGAAGAGGAAGAGUAUACUCCGUUGACGUGCGACAUGUGCAGUCAAACUUUCAACAGGCCGUCGGAUUGGGUGAGGCAUAUAGAAUUUACUCAUGCCGAUAUGACUGAGAAUAGAAGAAAGAAGAGGAAGGGUGACGUAGACGACGAUAGUAAAGACUUUCCACCUUUAAAGUGCGAUCUCUGCGGUAAUAUGUAUCCAACGCCUCAGGAAUGGGUACGUCACAUACAGACGGAACACACGGAAGAACAAUUGGCCUUGAUGAACAACUCGGCACCUCCUAAACCAAAAAGGGUACAUAGUCAUCAAAAAUUAUGUAAUAUUUGUCAAAAAGUAUUCCCGAGUCACGCAUCGAUGGUAAUACAUCAAAGAACGCAUACGGGAGAGAGGCCUUUUCUUUGUUCCUAUUGUAAAAAAGGCUUUAACGUAAAAAGUAAUUUAUUGAGGCAUUUAAGGACGCUUCAUGACAAAUUCGUACAUCCCAGCUUGUAUGGGAGUAACGGUAACAAAAAUGGCUAAAUUCUUUCUAAUUUCUCUGAAAUACCAAAAGAAAGAAAGAAAAAAAGAAAGAAAGAGAAAAAAAACGCAUUUUUUUAUUUUAAGCUCGAUAAAGCGCGUAAAUCGUAUGGCAUCGUUUACGUAUUUAUUGUUACGUCGGAAACAAACAGAAAGGACAAAAGUAAUUAUGUGAAUAAAGAAAGAUCGACUUGAUCGAUAAAACAAUAAUCGUUUGGAUCUAUGCGAAAAGACUUCUUCUUCAGAAGGAGAUAUCUCGAAAAUAAUUAUCGCAAUUCAAUAAAGUUCAACGAUUAUCGAUUAAGCAGGACAUUUCUGUCUUUAUCCUAAUGAAUAAUACUUUUGUGAUCUUGCAUAUUCGAAAUGUGCUGAGGAUCAAAAACAUUCAAUUUCGAACAGUUUUCUUUUUUUUUUAUUUUUUUUUUUUUUUUAUUUUUUUUUUAUUUUUUUUGGUAACGAAGAAGCAAUAUGAGGGCUUUAGAACCAAAGAGGCUGAUUAAUAUUGCCAAAGUAUCUUCUUUUAUUGCUACUUCGACUCUUUUCACGUACACCGGAAAUCUAAUUAGUUGGAUUAGAAACUUUGUUUAAGGGUGCAUGAAUAAGAGACGAGACGAACGAUUUUAUCACAUAUAGAGGUCUUCGCGCGAGCGAGAGCGAGAGCGAGAGAGAGAGAGAGAGAGAGAGAGAGCGAGAGAGCGAG